AUGGCCCACCACGCUAACAUCUCAGUGACGGAAAGUCAGUUCCGCUGUCCCAUUUGCUUGGACGUCCUCCAGGACCCGGUGUCCAUCCCGUGCGGACACACCUACUGCAUGGCGUGCAUCAACGGCUACUGGGACCAGGCCGAGCCGCCGGAGCACUUCAGCUGCCCCCAAUGCCGGGAGGCUUUCAGCCCUCGGCCGGUGCUCCGCCGUAACACUGUGCUGGCUGAGGUGGUGGCCAAACUCAAGCCGAGAGAAGGCUUCACGUCGGAGCUCUACCCGUCCGAGCUCUACCACGGCGCCGCGGGCCAGGUGCCGUGCGAUUUCUGCCCGCUGGAGAGCAAGUUGGCAGCGACCAAGUCGUGCCUGGUGUGCCUUGCCUCUUUCUGCGAGUCGCAUCUGUUGCCUCACCGGGAAGUGGAAACAUUGCGCCGACAUAAACUGGUGGCGGCCGUAGAGUGUCCUGCCGAGCGGCUGUGCGGGCAACACCGUCUUGGACUGCAGCCGCGAACCGGCGGGGACGAACCGGAUGAGACCGCGGUUGAGUGGACUGGAGAUUGUCUGCUGUGUGAGGCCGAUCGGGAGGAGGUGCAUCCCGGGGAGGCUCAGAGGGCCCGAAGACAGGUUCAGCUUCAGGAGUCCCAGAGGAAAGUUCAGGGCAAAAUCCGAAGCUGUGAGCGGGAGCUGGGGGAGCUCCAGCAGAGUUUGGAUUCUCUCAAGGCGUCAGCUUCAGCCAUUUUGGAGGACAGUGAGGCGCUUUUUGCUGACAUGGCAAUCCGACUGGAGAAGACCAAAGCUGAGGUGCGAAUGCGCGUGGAGGCUCGUGAGCGAGCUUUGGCCAGUCAAGCUGAGCGAGAUGUGGAGACACUGGAGAAAGAUCUGGAAGAACUAAGGAAACGAGACCAGGAUAUUGGACAACUUUUGCUGACUGAAGAUAACGGUCACUUUCUACAGGCAGCACCGCUUCUGUGCCUUCCAGUUCCAGCCGCGACACGGCCCCUGGUGACGUCCAACACCCCAGCGGAGGCCUUCAGUGGAGCCAGGAAGGUCCUUGGAAGACUACGUAGCCGCCUGGAGGAGAUCUGUCGUGAGGAGGUGGACUCCAUCAGCAGAGCGGGUGUUGUAAACAUGGCUGCAGAAAAUGUAAAGCCUCAACAUUCCCCUGGACGCUCGCGACAAGAUGACACUCAGGCAUUUCCGUCGCCAUUUCCUUUGCCCUCGUUGCCUCUACAGCCGGCUGACCAAAGGAUGAGGGCCGUCUUCCUCAGGUGUACGUUCUCCUCUUAUGCGCAUAUUUUUAGGCAUAUUCUUCUUGAGGGAGCUGUGAACAGCUUUCUGGUAGAAUUGGUGCUACAGGUUUUUGGUUCUUGGGUUUCCUGUCAUCUGUCCUUGGACGAGGACACUGCUCACCCCACCCUGGUUCUGUUCGACGGUGGCCAGGGUGCCCAUUGUGGUGAGGAGCUUCAGUCGUACCCGACUCACCCCCAGCGCUUCGACUCAGUGGCUCAGGUCCUAUGCCGUGAGGGGCAGUUUGGCGAUGCCAGCUACUGGGAGGUAGAAUGGCGGGGCGGCGGAUGGAUUGACAUUGGUGCUACUUACAGGCGGAUUGGGCGCAAGGGGGGUGGAAAACCGUGCUUGCUGGGCCGUAACGAGAAUUCUUGGAGGCUCCGCUGUACACACGCCGGUUAUGCCGCCUGGCACGACAACCGCAAGACCACUGUGGCCGCACCACCGUGCCCACGCAUCGGCGUCUUCCUGGAGCGCCACAAAGGGGCGCUGUCCUUCUACAGCGUGUCCGACAGCAUGGUGCUUCUGCACACCUUCAAGUGUGCCUUCUCGCAACCUAUUUACCCAGCCUUCCGUUUGGACUUGGACUCUACCCUUCUCCUCUGCCCUCAAGAGGCGCCUCCGGCAGGUCACUAA